UAGAGCCAGAAAAAAGCAACGUAUAAAUAGACGACAGCUACUAAAAAAAGGAAGCCGAAGAAGAAGGGACAUGGUGCAUCUAUUCGGGAAUUUACGGCGUAGUCUCGCGAUACUAUGAUAAAAUUAGCAGCAGCUGUGCCAGGAGCUUGGUUGGUGUUUGAGGGCUUGCCAUGUCAACGAAAGAGAUAAAUUAACACCACAAAGGAAUGUAAAGGUGUGCUGAUGUUGAUCAGCCCAACAGGAGACACCAUCCAGAUCCAGACCUGCUGCUCCUUCUCCUCCUCCUCCUCCUCCAGCAUCCUGACCUGCUGUCUCCAUGACGACCCCUCCUUUAGUGCCUCCUUUUGUUGGUCAGCCUCCGCCACCGCAGCAGCAGCACACCCAGGCUGCUCGAGAUGUCAACACGUCUUCACUGUGUCGCAUCGGCCAGGAGACUGUCCAAGACAUUGUCCUCAGGACGAUGGAGAUCUUUCAGCUACUCAGGAACAUGCAGCUGCCUAAUGGAGUGACGUACCACCCCAACACCCACCAGGACCGGCUGGGAAAACUUCAAGAGCACCUACGGAUGCUUUCUGUGCUUUUUCGCAAGCUGCGCCUGGUCUAUGACAAAUGCAACGAGAACUGCGCCGGGCUGGACCCCAUUCCCCCAGAGCAACUGAUACCCUUUGUGGAGGAUGACGGCUCCAAACACGAGGAUCGUUCGGGCGGGCAGAGCCACCUCACCAGCGAGGAGAGGCGAGAAAUCCAGGAAGUCAACAAGAAGCUGAAGCAGAAGAACCAGCAGCUGAAGCAGAUCAUGGACCAACUCCGAAACCUCAUCUGGGAGAUCAACUCCAUGCUGGCCGUUCGCAGCUGAGCCACACACACGUCCACCAUCUGUAAGGACGAGGGACGGGGACGUGCAGGUUGCUAAGUGGACAGAGACCGACCGCACUUUACAUGAGAAACUGGAACUUUGGCAAAAUCGGCUUGCUUCCAGAUGAAGGUUGGAAACCACAGAAGAAGAACGAGGGGAGACAGAAGAGGACAGAGUGUUGGAUGGCAGAAACAGUUCUGUAUUCAAAUCAGCAUUAUUAAACCUUAAGGUCUAAUAUGUUUUAUGUAUCUGUAGCUAAAUGAAGAAAUUAUAGACACAUGAUAUAUUUCAUCAGACUAUACCUCAAACAGACUGAAUUUUAAACAAAUUGGACUUUAAUAGUUGUUCAAAGUGCAACACUGUGGUAAAAAUGUAUUUACAGCUAAUAAUAUCAUCCUUGCUCCACCCUUACAACAUCUUGUCAAAUGUUCCGCUGAACUAUAAAUCUUCUCGAGAUCUCAGAGAAAAGAA